AUGCCAAGUCGAUAUCUGCAUUGGAUUAUAAUGCCAGAGAUACAAAAGGAUAUUCUAGGCAAAUUAAACAUCAAGAAACAACUCCUCAUUAAAGGAGAGUACAGUAACCUUGAACGAGAGAUGUUGUUCGAUUGGAUGAUGAAAGAAACAAGGCCUGACACCGUAUUCAUUGGGACAAUGCCUGUAAUGGCUAAUCUAAAGCUGGCUACGCUUCGACCAAUCGUCAGUCAUCCUCAUUAUGAGGAUGCAGGAAUCAGCAUUAGAGAUCAGACGAAGAAGAUGUACUCGAUGUUCAGCAGAAAGCCACUAACUGAAGUGCACGAAGUGCUUAAGAAAAUGGGCUUCAAUUAUUUCAUUUUCCAGCUUUUCAACUGUACGCCCGAUUCCGAUAGGUAUAAUCCACAUUGCUACCAGUUGUUCAUUUAA